AUGACUGAAGAAAAUCUGAUAUCCAUAGGAAAGAUAGCCGAAGGUACGAAUUGCUGUUUGUGGGAUGGGGUUAUGUGCGAUACAGAAACUGGUUAUGUGAUUGGUCUCGACCUCAGUUGUAGCUGCCUUCGUGGUUCCAACACUAGCCUUCUUAGCCUUCGCCAUCUGCGCAGACUCAACCUUGGUUUUAACGAUUUUACCUCCCCUCUAGUAGCAUCUGAGUUGGGUCAGUUUACUACUUUGACCCAUCUAAGUGUUUCUAAGUCAAAAUUUUCGGGCAUAAUCCCAUCUGCAAUGUUCUCUCACCUGAACAAACUUGUUUCUCUAGAUCUAUCAGAUAAUUAUUUGAGAUUUGAGGGCAAUAGUUUUGAAAAUCUUUUGGGAAACUUGACGCAAUUAAGAGAACUUUUUCUUUAUGCAGUCAAUUUGUCUUGGGUUGCACCCACUUCUUUUCAUAAUUUGUCUUCUUCCAUAAUGGUUCUCAGCCUCGGUGAUAAUGAGCUGCAUGGUGAAUUACCUGAAGGUAUCUUCCGCUUUCCAUACCUCCAAAAGCUCAGAAUUACUAAUCCUGGUUUUUUGGAAGUUAACUUCCCAAAAACUAAUUGGAGUAGUCCCCUCAGGUUGCUGGAGGUAUUGGAUCUUCAUUGCAAUUUAAAAGGAUCAAUUCCAGAGUCUUUUGGCAAUCUUACACGACUCACUUAUUUAGACCUUAGCUAUAACAAUAUUAUUGGGCAGCUUUCAACGUCGUUUUCAAAUUUGAAGCAGCUCAGAUAUUUAGAUCUUUUUUCUAACCAACUACAUGGGCAGAUUCCUGGUGCUUUUGGAAACCUCACCAAACUUCUUUAUUUGUCGUUAGGGGUAAUCAAUUUAGCGGGUAACUUCCUCAGUGGUAGAAUCCCACCCUGUUUGUUUACCCUUCCAUCAUUGCUUGUGUCAUCGCUUAACAAUAACAAGUUUACUGGUCCGAUUGACCAAUUUGAGCAACCCUCUGCGCCAUUGGAGUCUGUUUACUUGAUGAAUAAUGAGAUACAUGGCCCAAUUCCAAGUUCUGUCUUUGCACUUGUAAACCUUACUGUUCUUGACCUUUCAUCCAACAUGCUGACUGGCAUCUCUGAACCCAACAAUCUCCCAAAGCUCAACAAACUUAAGAAAUUAGAUCUUUCAAAUAAUAUUUUACUAUCAUUUAAGAGUGGAAGCAAAGCCAAUUACGUUUUGGCUCUCAAUCUUUACUUUUUGGAUUUGUCUACCUGCAACAUCAGUGAAUUUCCAUAUUUUGUUAGAACUUUAGAAGGUUUGGAAGAGCUACAUCUUUCUCGUAAUAGAAUCAAUGGUCUUGAGGCAGAUAUGUUUUCAAAGCUCAAGAAUCUCAAGUGGCUUGAUCUUUCCCACAAUAGUCAACUAUCACUGAGCACCACCAACAAUGUCAGCCUUUUCCUUCCCAACCUUCGGUCAUUGUCACUUUCUUUUUGCAACAUCAGUGAAUUUGCAGAUUUUGUAAGAAAUCUAGAAGGAUUGGAAGCGCUAUAUCUUUCUUACAAUAGAAUCAAUGUUAUUGAGGCAGAUACGUUUUCAAAGCUCAAGAAUCUCAGGUCGCUUGAUCUUUCCUACAACAGUGAACUUUCACUCAGCACCAAUCUCAGCCUUCCUUUGCCCAGUCUUAUGAAUCGGCAGUUAUCUUCAUGCAAUGCAACUGAAUUUCCACAUUUCUUAAGAACCCUUGAGAAAUUGUCUGCGUUAGAUCUUUCCAACAACAGCAUCCAUGGUAAAAUUUCCAUAGGGCAAUCUGAAGGAUGGCCUAGUUUGACAUGGAUUGAUCUUUCUAACAACUUUUUGACAGACAUAGAGCAUUACCCAUGGAAGAAUGUGCAGACUCUUAAACUUCGUUCCAACCAGCUUGGAAGGUCACUUUUAGUGCCACCACCUUCAACACAUCAUUUCUUAAUCUCCAAAAACAGAUUAAGAGGACAGUUUCCAUCUUCGAUUUGCAGUUUGAACUCACUUGAAAUUCUUGACUUGUCCGACAACAACUUGAGUGGAACCUUUCCCAACUGUUUGGGAGCAUUAAGCCAUGGUCUCAAUAUCCUUGAUCUCCACAAAAACAACUUUCAUGGAAAUAUCCCUGAUUCUUUUGUCAAGGGAAAUGUGUUGCAGACAAUUAAUCUUAGCAAUAAUGAUUUGGAUGGGCUAUUACCAAAAUCCCUGAUGAAUUGCAGUCAGUUAGAAGUGCUAAAUGUUGGAAACAACAAGAUCAAAGACACUUUUCCUCAUUGGUUGGGAGCUCUACCGGAGCUAAAAGUUUUUGUGUUGCGCUCUAAUAGCUUCCAUGGACCAAUAAGCAAUUCCAACAUUGGAUCUUCGUUUCCAAACUUACGAAUCUUUGACCUCUCUCGCAAUGAGUUCUCUGGUUCUUUGCCAACAUGUUUUGAAAGUUUCAAAAGCAUGAUAAAUUCGGCUAAUGUUGAAAUGAGAUAUAUGGGAGAUCAAGGUGCUUAUUACCAUGAUUCCGUGGUAGUUACAAUGAAAGGUGUGGACAUCAAAUUUGAGAUAAUUUUAACUUUUUUUACAGCCAUUGAUUUGUCAAGCAACCUAUUUGAUGGAGAAAUUCUAGAAAUAGUUGGAAAGCUCUCUUCUCUCCAGGGGCUUAAUUUUUCCCAUAACAACCUCAUGGGUUAUAUUCCUUCAACAAUGGGUAACUUGACAGAACUCGAAUCACUGGAUCUCUCUUCAAACAUGCUUGUUGGACAGAUUCCUACUCAUUUGGCUGGUUUGAGAUUUCUUGAAGUGUUAAACCUUUCACAAAAUCAGCUUGUUGGACCCAUACCUCUGGGAAAUCAAUUUAAUACCUUCCUCAAUGAUUCCUAUGCCGGAACCUGGGAUUGUGCGGAUUUCCAUUGUCAAAGAGAUGUGGCGAGACUGAGGCUGAGACACCUCCAUUUCAUGAGGAAGCUGAUUCUGAAUCCGGAUUUGAAUGGAAAGCGGCAUUGA